AUGGCAGCAACCACGACCAUGAGCCCCCUGCGGCACUACUCACCACUUCGGGAGAUGAUCAUAGACAACUGUGCCCUAUUCAUGAAGAUGCCCCCGAGCCAUAUCAUGAUCAUCACAGAGAAAAGCCCAGCGGGGCAGAUCGUUGCCUGUGCCAUGGUUCGAGGCGUGGCUCCCGGCACGGUUGUCUGCUCUGACCCGUCAGGCGAUCUGGACAGUGCUCUGGCGUCGUUACACGACAAGUCGAUGAGGACGGUACACUGCCACAGGGGUGGUCACGGUGUGCAGCAUCAUGUCUCAAAUCGUCGCCCGAGGCUUGCUCCACGAGACUACAGCGACGAUGAAGACUGGCUCAGCGACUACGAUGUGCUGUCCGAGACAUCUGACGACACUGCCAUGGCGGACUGGCAAGACGAAGAGGGCAGCGACACUGAUGACGAUGCCGCACAAGUGUCCACGCCAGCUACCACCCUUGUCCCUUCGCCGCUGUCCGUUGAAGACAGAGUAUUCGAUAUAGUCUUCAGCGCAAACUGGGAGGGGCGAGGUCAGCAUCAGUUCCUUGCUCGGUCUCCAGCCGGCAUCAAGGCGCUGCAAGUUGCUGUUCUAGAUUACUGCCGCAAGUAUCCGACUGCAUUCCCUGGGCAGGUCACCCCCGCAAAGGCCGUCGAGCAGAAAAGCCCCAAAAUGCCCAUCACGACCACGGCAUCGGGCAUGGAUCACGAAGACGGGUCAACCCUGGCUGAUGAUGGUGGCGCACGCUCCAACGGCGACAGCAGCAGCGGUAGCCCAGCAGCUAAAGUAGCAGCAGGCACGACUUUGCAGGGCAGUGCUGUUGUAUCAACUGCGGCGGGGAUGCCCAGACCGAGCCCGUACGAGCAGAGGCACAGCGUCACGGUGUGGUGGAACGGCGGCAUCCUCACGGCCAAGAUCCGCUCUGCAGGUAGCGGUGACUCGGCGGUCAAAUACGACGUCAAAGCAUACAGCGGUGACAGCCUGGCUCCGUUCUUCCGCAUGAUCUCGCAAUCGGGCAAGGUUCCAACCGUGGAGGUCGACAUUGACUUCUCCGGCCGCUCUGCCGACGCUACAAUCAUGCACUGA